AUGCCACGUAACUGCACAUUCGAGAUAGAUGACUUUGAAGAGGAAUGGCAAUACCCCGAGUCAUACCACUUCAGCUACAUCCAUGCCCGCAACCUGGUAGGCUCUAUAUCAUAUUAUGAUAAGUUCUUUGCACAGGCGUACGAAAAUCUGCUCCCUGGCGGAUAUCUCGAAAUGCAAAGUACCGAAGCAAACUUCUUUUCGGAUGACGGAACUCGUGAAAGGGCAGUGACAGCCAACCUGUGGCAAAAAUUACUAGUAAAAGGGUAUCGGAAAUUUGGCAAACCGUUGAACGUCGAACAAACCUGGGCGGAAAAGAUGCGGGCUGCAGGAUUUGUAGACGUUGUUGAAGAAGUGCCUGUGGGACGAUGGUCACCAGACCCAAAGAUGAAAGAGAUAGGUCACUAUCAAGCAAUGAAUAUUCGAGAAUGGCUGGAGUCCGGCUCAGUGGCUGUUUUUACCCGGGUCCUUGGUUGGACCAUGGAAGAGCUUGAUGUACUUUUUACAGCUGUGCGGAACGACUUUACCGACCCUCAGUCACACCUCUAUGUUCAGAUGAGGUUUGUGUAUGGUCGAAGGCCGGGCUAA